AUGUUGAGAAACCUUAAAACAGUGAACAGAACUUUAAGUGUAAUAGAAAAAUCUUUGAAAUGCGGUAGUGCGUGUGCAAGAAAUCUCAACGCAUGGACACAAGAUAGAAUCAUUAAGUCACCGUAUGCAAACAUUGAAAUACCGAACUGCACUUUAUAUGAUUACGUGUGGCAGAAUCUGGACAAAUGGCCUGAGAGGACUGCAUCUGUAUGUGCAACAACUGGCAGAGGUUACACCUAUGAGCAAGCUUUUAAACUAUCAAACACUUUUGCUGCUAAUCUUCGUACAAAAUUAAAGUUGAAAGAUGGAGACAUUGUCGCUGUUAUGCUGCCUAAUAUUCCUGAUUUCCCUUUAGUGGCUUUGGGUAUAAUGGAAGCGGGAGGAGUUGUCAGCACCAUUAAUCCUGUUUAUACCGCACAUGAGGUGCACCUUCAACUCGUGGUUUGCGAUGUUAAAUUGGUCGUUACACUAACUGAAACAGUCAGUGUUGUUAAAGAAGCUUUAAAAUUAGCUAAGUUAAAUAUUCCUAUAAUAGCUGUCAGGACCGAAGGCAAGACAGUUCCCAAAGGAACAAUUUUAUUCAACGAACUAACUGAGGAUGUACAUGUUGACAAAUCAUGCUUAAAACAAGUGAGGAGAAGUAUUAACGAUAUCUGCUUUCUUCCUUAUUCAAGUGGUACUACAGGGUUACCUAAAGGUGUAGAGCUUUCUAGUAGAAACAUUAUUGCGAACUGUGAACAAAUCAAUGAACCACUUAUAAGAACCCAUAAUGAGACAACAGAAACACAUCAAGAUGCUGUAAUGACUGUGUUGCCCUUCUUUCAUAUAUAUGGUGCCACGGUAAUGAUGUUCCAUAAGAUGUCACAGGGCAUAAAAUUGGUGACAUUGACGAAGUUUCAACCAGAAGAUUUCUUCGAAGCGCUACAAAAAUAUAAAACUAAUAUCUUGUUUGUUGCACCACCUUUAGUGCUUAUGAUGGCGUCACAUCCCGCUGCAUCACCGGAUAGAUUUCAGUAUUUAGAAGCAGUUCUAAACGGUGCUGCACCGCUAUCCGAGGCGGAUGCUAAUAGAUUUUUAGACAAAUGCAAGCGCAAGCUAGACUUUCGGCAAGGUUAUGGUUUGACGGAAACCUCUCCAGUCGUAUCGCUAACUCCUCGUGGCUUGGAAAAUUACGGAAGUGUUGGUUACCCCAUUCCCAACACAGAGUUAAAAAUUGUCGACAGUGGAAUGAAGAGCUUAGGCCCUAAUGAAAAAGGUGAACUCUUAGUAAGGGGUCCACAAGUAAUGCGAGGAUACAGAAACAACGUUCAAGCGAACACUGAAUCGUUUACAGUGGACGGAUGGUUUAGAACAGGUGAUAUAGCCGUCAGUGAUGACAGCGGUAUGAUCACCAUAUCUGACAGACUGAAGGAGCUAAUCAAGGUUAAAGGUUACCAAGUGCCUCCGGCGGAGCUUGAAGCUAUUCUACGAGAACAUCCCGCUAUUACCGAUGCAGCUGUGGUUGGCGUUCCUCAUCCCACAAAAGGAGAAUCUCCUAAAGCAUUUGUAGUUUUGAGAAGUGGAAGUAAAGCGAAUGUUAAGGAAAUUAGCGAUUUUGUUAGCGGGAAAGUGGCGCCUUAUAAAAGAAUAGAUGAUAUAGUUUUUAUUGAUAGUAUACCUAAAAGUUCAGCUGGUAAAAUUUUAAGACGCGUAUUGAAAGAAAACUUUUGUAAAUAA